UGCCUGCGGGGUAGUGGUGGUGGGUCUCGACGUUCCCAGCGUUAUAGCCAACUUGUACUCCUCGGUUAUCCGAGUCCGAGAAGGUAGCAUGAUACACAGCAUGAGCCAUUCCGACUUGUGAUCAUUUUAAAGCCGUGUUUUAUCUCGAAUUCAAGCCAAACGGAGCGGCAUCCCAGAUGGGGAUGAUCUCCCUCUUAAGUGAAAUAGACACAAGUGUUCUAUUUAUAGUUCCGCCAAUGACACCUCGAAAUAUGGUGGCAGGCGGGAUAGUUGGGCGCGAUGGUCCAGCUACUUGCACCUUCCGAGCUACCGUUGGCUGAUCUUGAUGCGGAAGUGCCUAACAUCCGUGCCGCAUGUCUACAACCCCCACAAUAGACUGACCUGUGUUCUACUCAUACCUGUCAAUCCGACGUACUUCUGCUUUACAGAAAGCACAUAAGCGUCUCUUCAUUUUAUCACACGAGUCUAGAACACAUGGAUCCGUUCAGCAUCGCUAUCGGUGCCAUUGGCAUUACCGAGUUCGCCAUUUUCAGUAUCAAUCACCUUCGUGAUUUGAUUGGUAGCCUCGCAGAAGCGAAGGAAGUGGUCCAAGAUAUCGCUUCAACCCUGGAAGCUAUCCAGCGUCCGCUAGCCGCUCUUGAAGAACUUCAAAUUUCCGAUAGCGCGACUUAUGCCGAGGCCAAAUCAGAUCUCGAGAAGACUGGCGUUGCGGACGCGGUGAACAAAUGUGGUCAGGCGUGUGCUGAUUUUAGCAAGAAACUUCAGCAAUGGACAAAACAUUCUAGCAGUACAAAGCUUUCUCUUCGAGAUCGCCUUUCUGUCAGCGUAUGGAAUAAAGAAAAAAUCGGUGCAUUCAGAGUGCAGAUUCAAUCCUGCCAGAAUAUCGUUCAGUUCGCUAUCGAAAGCACUCAGCUACUUAUUCAGCUUCGCUCAGAAUCCACCUCUAGAACGGAUCGUGAGAAGCUGAAGAGCCAAUUACAAAACUUGGAGAAAGCCAUCGAGGAACAUAUUGAUCUCUCAAAGAAGCAGCAAAAUGAAGUCCUGAAGCGCAAGGAAGAACUUCAGGAGGAGCCAGAAGACGAAGAAGAUGGCGGCGCCCAACGAACUCUCGCAAUGAGAGAAGUUGAAGAGCAGUUACGCUUCCUAGAGGCUGACCAAGCUGCCUCUGGAGUUGUGUCAUCGCAAUUACAAUCUCGAUCGUUAGGCCAGGGCAGCGGCAACACAUAUAGCGCAGUAUUUUCAGGUAGCCACAACAGUGGCAUGCAAGUUGGCUACAGCGCGGGUACUAUCAAUUGGAAUGCGCAUGGCAAAAACAACUAAAGGGGGAUGACGGUGAAUCCUCGUGAUUCCUGACGCAGAUGCAGUGCACGCAUCUAAACUCUCGGAUUCUGUCUCAAUCCUUAAUGGCGCA